AUGAUGAAGAAUAUAAAGGAAGCGGCAACUUGUGGUGGGUUCGAUAAGGAUGGGGUCAACGAAUUUUCUUAUGUGAGUACCAUCGACGCUAUUACAGCGUUGUUCACUGUGCUAAUCUCGCGAGCUCGCGGUCAUGGAGAAGAUGUACGGGUUAUGACUGCUAUGAACGCUCGGCGACGUCUAGGACUGCUUGCGAAUUACGCAGGAAAUGUCUUUCCCCAUCAAACGCUAGGAAAGCUCGCUCGACGCCUGCGAGAAUCGAUUGUACAGAGUGACGAAAUCUUUUUGCGCGACGCUAUCAACUUCCUGGCAGAGCACAGCAACGCCGGUUGUGUUCAGCUGAGCAAUAACUUCUUGUUUGGGCCUGACCUCGUGUUUUCGUCGUGGGUGCACUUGGGCAUGUACAAUGCCGAAUUCGACGGUACACAUCCGUAA